GUGAAAGCUUCUCAUUUCGCCGUUGACCCGAGCUCGAGACCUGCUCCUGCCGGAUCUGAUGGAGGCGGCGGAAGGCGCUUCCCUGGAACCAGCGAUUGCAUGGCUGGUGCAGACCAUCCUCGCGACCCUCCUGGUCGACAAGUUGGAUACAUGGAUUCGCCAAGCUGGGUUUGGCGAUGACAUCGAGAGGCUCAAGUCGGAGAUCAGGAGAACCGGGAUGGCGGUCUCUGCUUUGAAGGGGAGGGCGAUCGGUAACGAGCUGCUGUCUCAAUCUCUCGCUUUUCUCAAGGAGCUGCUCUACGACGCCGACGACGUGGUCGACGAACUCGACUACUACAGGCUCCAACAGCAAGUCCAAGGAGUUACAAGGGACGAGGCCCAGGGUAUACAUGGAGUUGAGCGAGUUGAUGAGACAUCGAGGGGUGACGCUGAUACACAGAAUAGCAGUGUUGGCAAAUUAAGGUCUAUGGUAUGGGAACACUUUAAUAUCAUUGCAAAGGAUAAGGGAAAUCCCGUAAAAUCAGUAUGUAUAUAUUGUGCCAAAGAGUUCACAUGCAAGACGAAGGAACAUCGUCUAUGAGCAAGCAUAUCAAAAAGAUUUGUAAGAAGAAACCUAGAGUGCUUCCACCAAAUCUUUCAAGGUACCUACAAGAAUUAUUUAUACCUU